AUGCACAUCCACGUCCUCGGCUUUGGCGCCAUCGGCACCCUCGUCUCCCACUACCUCCGCGCGGCCCUCGACCCCAAGCACACCGUCUCCGUCGUCCACAAGACCGCCGCCACCGCUAUCAAGGCGUCCCACCUCCCUGGUGUCAAGCUCGAACGCAACGGCGUCGUGCGCACCGAGCGGGGCAUCCUGCACGUGGCCAGCGACCCGUCUGCCUAUGCCCUCCUCAAGGAGCAAGAGGCGACCCUGCACCCCGCGGCGCAACGCGAGACUGACGAGCCUCCGACGCAGACCGAGCCGGUGCAGCAGCACAGCGCAGGUCCCAUCGAGUCUCUCAUAGUUGCCACCAAGGCCCCCGAGGCCGUCAGUGGCAUCCGCGCCCUUCUCCCGCGCCUCUCCGCCGCCAGCACCAUCGUUCUUCUCCACAACGGCAUGGGCGUCUACGAGCAGCUCAUCGGGGACGUCUUCCGCAACAGACUGCACCGACCGCACAUCGUCGUCUCGGUGAACAACCAUGGAGCCUUCGUCAAGGACUUCGGCCAGGUCGUCCACACCGGCGUUGGCAGCAUUGAGCUGGGUAUCAUGGCCGACACGCACGGGCGCGACUUCGAGGGGAGCAUCGACACCUCCCUCCCCAAGGAGGAGCAGAAGCCGGAGCUCAACGACAUCACGCCCCUCCAGCGCGACCCCGACGCGACGCGCUACCUCUCCCUGCGCAACACCAUCUCCGCCCUCACGAGCACCACCGCGCUCGACGUGUCCUGGCGCCCGCUGGCCGACGUCCAGCUCGCGAUGCACCGCAAGCUCGCGGUGAACUGCGUCAUCAACCCCCUCACCGCGCUCCUCGCCUGCCGCAACGGCGACCUCUUCAAGCACCCCUCCGGACGCCGCCUCGCCGCGCAGAUCUGCCAAGAAAUUUCCAACGUCUUCUACGCAGAGUGGCGGCGGGAGGACGAAGCCUCGGCAGCAACGGACGACUCCACAGAUGAAGACGUUACAUUCGUCCCAUCCUCCAUAGCAUUUUUACCUGUGUCCCGCAGAAUCGUCCUUCAGAACCCCUUCCCGGCGGGUCUGCACCAGCAGCAGCUCCUCGAUGAGUGCGCCCGCGUCGCGGAGCUCACCCGCGCCAACGUGUCCUCGAUGCUCGUCGACAUCCGCCGCGGCCGUCCGACGGAGAUCCACUGCCUCAACGGCUACAUCCUCAAGCUCGCGAAGAAGCACAGGGUCAGCGUGCCCGUCACCGCCGCUCUGAUCGACCUCAUCCACCUGCGGCAAAAGAUCCCUAUCGAUAAGCCGGUCCCUUUGCUCUCGGUGCUGUAA